AUGUUGGGCAGCGUCCUGCCUACGUCGCUCGCCUCGCACGCCCGCCCGUCGUCGUCGUCGGGCCCGCGCCGCAGCACUUAUUCCUCGGGCAGCGCCCCCAGCCUGCCCGCCCGCCGCAACUCGCUCACCACCGCGCCCGCCGCCCAGACGCUGCAGCUCAAGAGCAUCACGCUCUCCGGCGGCAUGGAGUCGCGCUUCCACCGCGCCGCGUCGCCGCGCCGCCAGUUCAACCCCGCCCGCGCCUCGACCGGCACCUUCGCCGACCCCUAUGCCUCGUCGUACGACUAUGCCGCCCCGCGUGCGAGCGCCGACCGCCUCGCCGGCGCCUCGCACCACCACUCGUCCUCGUACGGCAGCUACGCCCCCAGCGCCGCCUCGCGUACCGCCCCCAAGUACGACGCCGGCUACGGCCAGCAGACGCGCCCGCGCCGCAACACCGACGACCGCAUGGGCCGCCCGCACGUCGCCUCGCUGACCUCGCUGCCGCUGCGCACGCCCUACUCGCAGGACCACCGCCCGUCCAGCCCGCUGACCCCGCGCUCCGCCCACGCCCACACCGAUACGUACAUCACCCACGGCUCCGCGCGCCAGGAGUCGACCACGAGCCACAAGAAGAUCUACAGCGUCGACAGCAGCCACACCGCCAAGCUGGUCGCCGAGACCGACACGCUCGAGUCGCCGCGCCAUCGUGACAGUGGCUACGGCGCCGUCACCAGCGGCCGCAGCAACUACCACCCGUCCAGCAGCAAGCCCGCCCGCCACGCCGACUUGGGCGACAACGGCUACUCGUACACCGACCCCGCCGGCAUGUACCGCGACACCGAGCCUGCCUGGCGCCGGCCCCGUGCGGGCAGCAUCGAGCGUGGCUCGCGGCCCAGCAGCAUGAUCGUCGACCGCCCGCUGCGCGCCGCGACACGCGAGCUGGGUCCGCCGCCGUCGACACGUGGCUUUGAUAAGAUCAAUGGAUCGUACCCCCGCCCAGCCAGGGCCAGCUCAAUCGAGCGCCGCGAGCGCUACCAGGACGCCUACUCGUCCGACACCGCCCCGCACCGCUCGUCUGACUCUGCCCCGCACCGCUCGUCCUCGACUCGACACACCGCGGCCGUCCACCAGGAGCCAGCGCGUCGAGCAGACACGUACGACGAGUAUGGCCGUAGCAGGGAGUCUGACAGCAAGCGCCACACCACACACGACCGCACUUUUGAGGACCGCGAGGUGGCCGCUCGUGGGUUUGGCAUUGCUACAGGCAGCUCGGCACCUGUCCACGACCCAUAUGCACACGAUCGACAGCCUGCCUAUCCGCCAUACGAGCAACAGAGGGCACCGCCGGCCGAGCACGCACCCUCUGCCUACCACUCGGACCGCACCGGUGACAACCGUACGUCGGAGCCCCGCCGCCAGGAGAGGCCAGUACCGUCGUACGAGCCACCCCGCCCUGAACGCCCCCGUACUGAGCAGAAGCACGACAGCAGCCGCGACAGCCGCGAUACCCGCGACAGCCGCGCAAUUCCUGUUGCUGCCGGCGCCCUUGCAGGUAUGUCUGCCGCGGCUGGAAUUGCUGCAGCACACGGCAAGGCCAAGGAGAAGGAGAAGGAGCGUGAGACAUCAGAAGAGCGCGAGAGGCAGAAGCGGAGAGAAUAUGAUGAGCGCGAUAGGCGCGACGAUCGGUACGACGAGCGCGAGCGUCGGGAAGACAGGCGCAGCAGACAGCCCGAGGAGCGCCGUGAGCCUGAGCGCCGCGAGGCCCUGCCUGCUCCACCCCCGCCGUCCCAGCCACCGCUUGCUCCCCCUCCGGAACGACCAAUCUCUCGGGAUCGUCCGUACCCCAACGAGGAGAAUCCCCCUCCAAAGCCUCCCCGAAAGACGUCUCCUGAGGGAAGCGAGGUCGAGAGGCCCCGCCACUACGCUGACCGUGAGCCGGACCGCAGCCGCAAGGAGCCCUCACCUGCAGCCGUCGAUCCCGAUGAAGAGUAUCGCCGCCGUCUCGCACAGGCUGAGAAGGAGGCUGAGCAGAGCCGCCGUGCGGCUGCUGAUCGCCAGGACAGCGACUCUGACGGCGCACGCGACCGACGACGACGCCGCGACCGGGCAGACCGUGAACGUUCUAGGUCCAGGUCUCGCGGUAGAGACGACCGCCGCGACUCUCCGUCUCAAUCCCAGGCUCUUUCCCGCUACAACGACCGCGGCCUGGUUGAAGAGCCGGAGUCAGUCGACAAGCUGAACCCUGAUGCCCCCGGCAAGAGUGUGCAGAUCGUCGUGCCCCGCAAGGACCAGUCGCCGCCUCUCCGGGGUAUCCUCCGCAAGCCCACAGCGAAGUUCCCCGAAGACCCAGAGCCCAUUCGUGAAGGCGUCGCCCCACAUAAGGACGCCCAGAAGGGCAAAGAUAUUCCGAUUGGUGCGCGCUGGACUCGCAUCGACCGCAAGCUCGUCAAUCCUGAGGCACUGGAACGUGCGAAGGAGCGCUUUGAGGAGCGUAUGGACUGUGUCAUCGUGCUGAGAGUGUUGACCAAGGAGGAGAUCCAGAAGCUCGCGGACAAGACCAAGCAGAUCCGUGAAGAGCGAGGUACGGACGACGAGGAUGGGCGUGAGCGUGAGCGUGACCACGACCGCGACCGCGACCGCGACCGCGACUAUGACCGUGACUAUGACCGCGACUACGACCGCGACCACGACCGCGAUGGGCGUCGCCGUCGCCGCGAUGACGAGAGCGAACACGACGAUCUGCGCAGCGAGCGCGACCGCGAGCGCGACCGCCCCAAGAUGCUGGAGCCUGCCAGGUGA